UUCCAACCAUUCUAUAAAUAGCACAUGAGCAAUUUCCAGUUUGGACCAGAAACAUUCUGCAAUGGCUGCUCUUCUUUCUUUAACCCAAUAUUACUUGCUCCUUUUACUCAGCACUUCCUUAUUCUUCUCUCCUUCAUCUGCUCAAACUAAAUGCAACAUUAAAUCUGUAUACCAACUAGGCGACUCCCUUGCCGACAAUGGCAAUGUCAUCCGGACACCUGGCGCCUCCAUCAUCUUCAAAGCCGAUCGCUCUCCUUACGGAGAGACGUUCUUCAAAAAACCUACUGGCCGUUUCUCGAACGGCCGUGUCAUUACUGACUUUAUUUCCCAGUCAUUCAAACUUCCUUUACUCAAUGCUUACUUAGACAAAGGUGCAACGUUCACCCAAGGGGUGAACUUUGCCGUAGCUGGUGCUACAGCACUUGACAAUUCCUUUUGGGCAGCACGAAACAUUAGGCUGCCCAACUGGAACACGCCUUUGCCGAACCAACUAAGUUCGUUCAAAACACAUCUUCAGUCUACAAGAGGGAAUCUCAAAGACUCUCUUGUAAUAAUGGGAGAAUGGGGUGGAAAUGAUUACUACAAUGGUUUCUUUCAGAAUAAACAGAUCCCAGAAGUUAGGACCUAUGUUCCUUUUGUAAUUGCAGGGAUUAUGAGAGGCAUCAAAGAUGUGAUUUCGCAAGGAGCAACACGCGUGUUGGUUCCAGGUAUUUAUCCUCUAGGAUGCCUCCCACUGUACCUCACAUCAUUCCCUGAUAACAAUGCAAGUGCUUAUGACAAUUUGGGCUGCUUGAGAAACUACAACGACUUCGCGUCGUAUCACAAUCGAUACGUAAACAGGGCUAUCGCGAAUCUACAACGCUCAUUCCCAAAUGUCAGCAUUGUUUACGGGGAUUUCUAUGACGCGAUUUUGACACUGAUACGUAGCCCUUCUUCGUAUGGUUUUAACCAGAAUACGUUGUUAAGUGCAUGUUGUGGAACUAGAGGACGAUAUAAUUUUAACUUUGGGACAGUAUGUGGAGCUGCUGGAAUUAAGGCUUGUUCGAAUCCAGCACAAUAUGUUCAUUGGGAUGGAAUUCAUUUGACAGAUGAAGCUCACCAUCGUAUUACUGAUAUUCUUGUUAAAGACAUGCUGUCCAAAUUCAAUUGUGUUGUUUAAUUAGGUUGAAAAUUAUAUAUCAAGAAAGGAUAUAGUUGGAUGUUUUUAAAUAUAUAGGAUGAGAAGUAUCCUAUCUUCUUCACUAUGACGUGGAGAGUCUUAAGCUAAAUAAGAGGAUGGUUUGGUUGGCAUUUGGUCUAUAUUUGGAUGUAAUUUGAUGAGAAAAAAGAAGAAAAAAAAAACAGAGUGUUUGAAGUUGAAGAUUUAAUAAAGGUUGUAAUUGUGUUUGAGCAUGGAUUUCAUUUGGGAAAUAAUUGAUAUUUGGUGAAUGAAAACCAUUUAUUUCACUUAA